GCCCUGAAGUCCUGCCUGGUGUGUCUGGCCUCCUACUGUGUGACUCACCUGGAGCCUCAUCUGACAGCUUCACGCCUGAAAAGACAUCAGCUGAUCGACCCUGUGGAGAACCUGGAAGGCAGGAUGUGUACGAAGUACGAUAAACUGCUGGAGCUGUUCUGUAAGACCGACCAGAUGUGUGUCUGCAUGCCCUGCAUAUAUUCAGACCACAAGACACAUGAUGUUGUUCCUCUGAAAGAAGGAUAUGAAGGAAAGAAGGCCGAGCUGGGGAAGACAGAGGCUGAAACUCAGCAGAUGAUCCAGAAGAGACGACUGAAGAUUCAGGAGAUCAAACGCUCGGUGGAGCUCAGUAAGGAAGAUGCAGACAGAGAGAUAGCAGGUGGUGUUCAGGUCUUCAGCGCUCUGAAGGAGUCUGUUGAGAGAAGCCAGGCCGAGCUCAUCGACACGAUCAAAGAGAAGCAGAGAGAGACAGAGAAACAGGCUGAAGGCUUCAUCAAAGAGCUGGAACAGGAAAUCUCUGAGCUGAAGAAGAGAAGCUCUGAGGUGGAGCAGCUCUCACGCUCUGAAGACCACCUCCACCUCCUCCAAAGACUCCUGUCCCUGAACGCUGCUCCACCCACCAAGGACUGGACAGAAGUCAGCGUCCGUCCACCUUCAUAUGAGGGGACUGUGGGGAGAGCUGUGAAUCAGCUGGAGGAGACGCUCAGUAAACAGAUGAAGAAGCUGCUUGAGGCCGAGCUGAAGAGGGUCCAGCAGUAUGCAGUGGAUGUGACACUCGAUCCUGAUACAGCACAUCCUGCUCUCAUCCUGUCUGAUGAUGGAAAACAAGUAAACUGUGGAGAUGUAAAGAAGAAUCUCCCGGACAAUCCAGAGAGAUUUGAUUAUUGUCCCUGUGUCUUAGUAAAGCAGAGUUUCUCUUCAGGAAGAUUUUACUACGAGGUUCAGGUUAAAGGGAAGACUGACUGGGAUUUAGGAGUGGCCAGAGAGUCGAUCAACAGGAAGGGAAAAAUCACAGCGAGUCCUCAGAAAGGUUACUGGAUGAUAUGUUUGAGGAAUGAAAACAAGUACCAAGCUUUUGCUGACCCUGCAGUCCGUCUCUUUCUGAAGUCUCAGCCUGAGAAGGUGGGGGUGUUUGUGGAUUAUGAGGAGGGUCUGGUCUCCUUUUAUGACGUUGAUGCUGCAGCUCUUAUCUACUCCUUUACUGGCUGCUGCUUCACUGAGAAACUCUACCCAUUCUUUAGUCCUUGUAGAAACAAUGGUGGUAAAAACUCUGCCCCUCUGAUCAUCACCAGUGGAACAGCCAUUUGAUUUUCUACAAUUAAUGUAAUAAAUUUAUAUUUGUUGCUGAUUUGCAGUUUUUCAAGACUGUUAAAUCAUCACAAAACCUCAGAAAUAAGAAGCAUUUACACAUUCCUUAACUUUUUAUUGUCUGAUCAUUGUUUCUAUAAGAAGU